AUGAGGAGCAGGGAUCAAGGUAUUAGCAAGUAUGCAACUGAUUCGGGAUUCCGCAUCCCGGACUUCUCGCGUGUGGUUGACCGGGCUUCGGCUGAGCGGGGAUCUCUCAGCGCGACCUUGGCUCCAGGCUCGGCGGUUCGCCUGCCUACGUUGCAACCGCUGAACCGCUUCGGAAUGGGUGGGAAGGCAGAACGCAUGCAUUCCAAUACUGGCGUUGCUGCGAUGCUCCUCUCCAAUUGUCCCGAGAUUGCUGCCUCCGCAGCUGCGGGGAUGUGGACGGCAGCAGGCGCCGCGACAUCGACCAGCGCGUCGUCUCUGGACUCGCUCUCUCGCUUCAUCACCGCCUCCAGCCUUCCGUUUGCUUGCCACAGCCCCUCCCAGCGAUCGCCGGGGACCACGAUUGCAAUUCACGGUGGCAGCACCCAAGCAGCGCGCCCGACAUUACUGGAACAGGCUGGCAUUCCUUCUAGCCCCAGCUGCGCUUUCCAGGUGGUUGCCGGCCCAGUGCAGGUGGGGCCUAGCGGAGCCGCUUCUAGAGCUCAGCCCAAUAACCGGUCGGGUGCCGGUGCUUCUGUAGCGGGCGCGGGACCACCUGAGCGGGCUGCUGUCAUGGGUGCACUUGAUCCACAAUUGCCAGCAACCGCACUCUCGGCAGUUGAAGGCAGGGGUCAAAGGGCAGUAGUACUAGGAGCUACAGGAGUAAAUACGAUGGCGAAUUCGGCCGCGCAAGGACUGCAUGUAACAUCAAUCGGCAGGGCGGUUCGAGGCGUGGGAGAAUGGAUGGCGGCAGGAGGAGGCGAUGUGAUGGCGCAGGGCAUGGGCGCAUGCCGUAUGCUGGUGCCAGGAGCGGCGCAGACGCACGCAAACGGGUUGACGGCAUGCUCGUCUUCGUGGGGAGUGAGAAGGGGACAGGCAUCGGGAGUCGUGGAGCCGCGGAUGGCGAGUCAUGUGGGGAAGGGGGCGCUGCAGCAGCAGCUGUGGAUGCAGCAGCUGGGCCUGCGGGAGCAGGAGGAGGAGGGGGGGAUGAGCGCACGCGAUGGUGGAGUGGAUAAGGGCGCGCAGAUGGAGGUAUGGGCGGCAGCCAUGGCGGCAGACGGGCGCGAGCAGGGAGAAGCGGCGGAAGAGCAGGGUGAGGCGGGCCGUGCGUGGCACAGCGACAAGGAGCACAUGGCACAGCAAAUGAUAGCGCUGCAAGCUCUGCUCGCUGCUGGUGACUUCUCCGCACUGGCCCAGUUUAGAGGCGAGGGCCUACAGCAGCAAAUAGGGCAACAGCAGCAGCAGCAAGGCCAGCAGCAGCAGCAAGGCCAGCAGCAGCAGCAAGGCCAGCAGCAGCAGCAAGGCCAGCAGCAGCAGCAAGGCCAGCAGCGCCUACACGGAACGGGGCAACAGCUGGCGACUCAACAUGGGAAGGCCCAUGGUGAUAGUAUGCAAGAUGGUGUGUUGGAGGGGUCAGCGGCACAAGGGCGGGAGGAGGCGGGACGAGAAAGGGGAGGGUUUGUGGCAGCAAUUGUUAGGCAGAGCGGCAUGCAUGUAGGGGCAGAGCCGAAUCAAAAUGGCGGUGUCAGUGUGCGGAUACAUGAUGUGGUGGGGCCGGGAGAGGGUGGUAAAGGGGAAGACGAGAAGGCAGGAGGAGGGGGUAUGGGGGAGGUAGGAGGGAAAUGGAGACAUGAGAUGGGGAUGAUGGGUUCAAGCUCGAUUGGGCGAGGCGUGGGUACGAUUGGGAAGGCGAUGAAGAGUCCAGGAAGUAUAGGAGUAAGGAGCGGGAUCUUGGGAAGAGGCAGGGUGGGAGGAGAGGGAGGAGCGAGCAGUGGCAGUGAUGGGGAUGAUGUGGACGACGCGUGGGGGCACACAGGCAUGGAAGAUGGAGCGUUUAUGGAUGGGUCAUUGGGAGGACAUGGCAUGGUUACCGCACGAAGUGGCAGUGCGGCAGCAGAGGACACGGAGGUGGCAGGGGCGAACAGCGAUGAUUUCGCUCUUGAAUGGAGCAGGCGAAUGAGAAGGAUGAAGAGCAACCGCGAGUCGGCCAAGAGGGCACGAAUCAAGCGGCAGCGCCGCCUGCAGGAGCUGGAGGUCCUGACUUCAUCGCUGCAGCGGGAAAAUGCUGACCUGAGUCAGCAAGUGGUUACUCUGAGUCAGCAAAUGCAGCAGAGUGAGGCACAUAAGGAGGAGCUAGAGAAGGAGGUGGCAGCGCUGCGCGCAUGUGUCCUGGCCAUGGGCAGUGGAGGAGCGGCUACACCCACCGCACCCGUCGCACAAAGCACACUCUCUCCACACACGGCCCCCAACCCCUUCACACUGCCCCCAAGCAUGGGUGUGAGUGCACAUGCCUCACAGUGUAAACGUCCAGGAGGAGACCCUGCACGCCAGCCCGAUGAGGCCACCACUGCCACUGUAGGCGCACUGCCCGGUGCUGCUGUUGGGGAAGAAGAGGGGAAGGGGGUCGCAGAUGUGGAUGCAGUGCUGCCUGCAUGCAUAGAUGAGGAUUCAGUUAUUGUGUGA